AUGGCGACUGACUGGGACAAGACGGACCCCAUAUUUAAGCCCAUAAAAUCGGGUAUUGAGACUUGCCUUUACCCAAGGGAGUUUAUGCCCUUCCUGAAUGAUCCCCCAAAGCUGCACAGAGCGAUAAAAAGCCAUAUGUGUUCGCCUCUUCAUGAUGCCUUUAUCGCGGUCAUUCCCGCUUCCUCGGUGGAAACCCUCCUUCCGCGGAUCACCUUGAAUCCUAAGUUAUCAGUGAGUGGUAGUCGCGGUCUCCUGUGUUCCGAUGACUGGUUCGGUGAGCUGCAGAAGCUAACCGUCACCCUCCGUGCCCUGCCCGAGGAGAUGGGCGACAUCUAUCGGCCCACGAAAAUGGCAGUUUUGGAUACCGGAGUCAGGAAGCGGUUGGCCCGAUUUAUCACGAAGUACAAGGACUUUGUGAGCGGGUGUGACGAUGACUACCAGGAUGAGACCGGUUAUGGAACCGACGUGAUCGAUCUAAUUCAGAUAACUUAUGCCCCCGCCGACAUAUACGUAGGUAGAGUAUUCAAGCGUCGAAAAGCGACUGCAGAUACUGCAGCUCUCAUGACCCAGACCAUUGACAUGAUGGCCCGCAGGCCAUUCACCACGCAACGUCUGAAUGGCGAUGUUAUUGUCCUGCCGUCAGGCUUCCAACACGACCACCCGGGAAUUGAAGCUGCGAUUGACGAGGCACGUAAGGCUGGGAUUCUGGUGUUCGCAGCGGCGUCAAACUACGGAAAUUUCAGCGGCAUUGCCUUUCCGGCUUGCCUAUACACGGAGCACAAACUCUUCUGCAUGUUCUCGACGGAUGCCAAUGUCAAAGCCACCCCAAUAUACAACCUGUCAGUUUGCAGCAAGGCGAAGGAAAGCUUUCCCAUUUUAGGUGAUGACAUCAGACAUCCCUUAGCGAUGGCAGCGCUCUCCGGCACAUCCUUUGCCACCGCUAUUGGAGCCGCAAUUGCAGCACGAAUUCUGGACUACUCGCGACAAAAGAAUCAUUCGACUCGCAUUCGAUCUGUUGACAAGCUUACCUCCGUAGAGGGUAUGUCUGCUGUGUUUUCUGAAAUGGUCAAGGGGGCCAUUGACAAUGGCUACCACUGUAUGGCGCCCUGGCGGAUCCUACCACCAUGGCCUGAUGAAGAGGAGGAAGAUAACGGCGAGUGGCGACUUCAAGCACGCGCUCAUAUAUAUGAGCACAUGGAACAGAGAAUUUGGAAAGGGGGAUGA